AUGCGAGUGCCGGGGCUGGCCGGGCUCCACCGGCGCGGGGCCGGCAGCCAAGCUCCCUCUUGGCUGGCCCGUGCCGCCGGCUGGCAGCCUGGCAGCAGCUCCCGUGACCUCCGCGGCUCCCGGCCGUGCCCCCGCCGCAGCCCCGGCACACGCGUGGCUCUGCUCACGCUCUCAGCGCGGAGAGUGAAGGGCUCCGUGGUGCCUGAAGGGUUAAAACAGCCACACACGGGCACUUCGAUCACCGGCUUCGCUCGGAGCCCUUGCCGGAAGCUCCCCCUGGUUAUCGGCAAACGGCCCGAAAUCCUCAGUGCCGAGACAGGUUCGGCGGGCGACGCGGUUGAUGGACCCAGCAGAAGCCAAAUGGAAGAAGGGCCAAUUAAUUAUGUGGAAGAAAGGCGGCUGAACGAGGGCAGCGGGCUGAGCCUGGUGAAUGGGGGCCGGCCGGAGGCGGGGGGUCCCGUGCUGAUGGAGCCCAGGGCCUCCUACCGGCUCCCGCCGCCGGGGUCGCCGUCGCUGCUGUACGAGAAGUUCGACUCGGAGAUGAGCCGGGGCGGGCUGGGCGCGGCGGACGGGGUGCCACGAGGAGAGGACCUGCACGCCCUCAAGGCCGCCCUGGCUUUGGCCAAGCACGGUGUGAAGCCCCCCAACUGCAACUGCGACGGCCCCGAGUGCCCCGACUACCUGGAAUGGCUGGAGCAGAAGAUCAAGACAGCUCUCGGAGAAGAGCUGGCGUCACCUCGGCCCCGCGCCGCCCGAGGGGAUGAGCCCCGGUACCCUCCGGAGCCGGGAGCAGCACCUGAGCCAUUUUUCGGCGCGGCGCCUCCGCGGGGCAACUUCGCAGCCACUUGGGGGCUGGAGGCCGAGGGGGCAGCGGGGGCUGGAGACCCCAUGGCAGAGCUGGAGCAGCUGCUGGGUAAUGCUGACGACUACAUCAAGGCGGCUUUCAAGAGACCCGAAGCGACGAGCGGCAAAGUGGCAGCCCCCAAAACAGAACCCCCCGAGCGAGCACCCAGCAAAGAAGCACCGGGCGGCGCCCGCUUCGCCCCGGCCGCGCCUCCCAAGCCCUUCGAAAAGCAGCCCAAAGAGAAGAAGAAGAAAACGCCGCCCGAAAAGCCCCCGCCGGCCAAACCUCUCCGCAAGCAAGUGCAGAUCAAGAAGGCGAAGGGACCCAAAAACGUCUCUCCAGGGAAGGGGCUGCUGUCAGAGCAGCCCUUCACUGCCCGCUCCCCCAAACAGAUCAAAAUCGAGUCUUCUGGUGCUAUCACCGUGGUGUCCACCACGUGUUUUUACUCUGAGGAAAGCCAAAACCCGGACGCGGACAACGCCGACAGAACACCCACCAAGGACGAGGUGCCGCUGACGCCGACCCUGAGCGGCUUUUUGGAAUCUCCGCUGAAAUACCUGGACACGCCGACCAAAAGCCUCCUGGACACCCCGGCCAAGAGGGCACAGGCAGAAUUCCCCACCUGUGACUGUGUUGAGCAAAUCGUGGAGAAGGAUGAGGGGCCGUACUACACCCACCUGGGCUCGGGGCCCACCGUGGCCUCCAUCCGGGAGCUCAUGGAGGAGCGGUACGGCGAGAAGGGCAAGGCCAUCCGCAUUGAGAAGGUCAUCUACACGGGCAAGGAGGGCAAGAGCUCCCGGGGCUGCCCCAUCGCCAAGUGGGUGAUCCGCAGACACAACCAGGAGGAGAAGCUGCUGUGCCUGGUGCGGCACCGGGCCGGCCACCACUGCCAGAACGCCGUCAUCAUCAUCCUCAUCCUGGCCUGGGAGGGCAUCCCCCGCACGCUGGGGGACACGCUGUACCAGGAGCUCACCGACACCCUCACCAAGUACGGCAACCCCACCAGCCGCUCCUGCUCCGUGUCCCCCCGCAGCCGGACCUGUGCGUGCCAGGGCAAGGACCCCAACACCUGCGGUGCUUCCUUCUCCUUCGGCUGCUCCUGGAGCAUGUACUUCAACGGCUGCAAAUACGCCCGCAGCAAAACUCCCCGCAAGUUCAGGCUGGUGGGAGACAAUCCCAAAGAGGAAGAGCUGCUCCGGAGAAGCUUUCAGGACUUGGCCACCGAGGUUGCUCCGCUUUACAAGAGGCUGGCGCCGCAAGCCUACCAAAACCAGGUCACCAAUGAGGACGUAGCCAUCGACUGCCGGCUGGGCUUGAAGGAGGGGAGGCCGUUCUCGGGGGUGACGGCAUGCAUGGACUUUUGUGCUCAUGCUCACAAGGACCAGCAUAACCUCUACAAUGGCUGCACCGUGGUCUGCACGCUGACGAAGGAAGACAAUCGUGUGGUGGGGAAAAUUCCUGAAGAUGAGCAGCUGCACGUCCUCCCCCUCUACAAGAUGUCCAGCACGGAUGAGUUUGGCAGCGAGGAGAACCAGAACGCCAAGGUGGGCAGCGGGGCCAUCCAGGUGCUCACGUCCUUCCCCCGCGAGGUCCGCAAGCUGCCUGAGCCCGCCAAGUCCUGCCGGCAGCGGCAGCUGGAAGCCAGGAGAGCUGCUGCCGAGAGGAAGAAGCUGCAGAAAGAGAAGCUGAUGACACCAGAGAAGAUCAAGCAGGAAGCGCUCGAGCUGCCCACGCUCCAGCCAAAUGCAGGCGGGAUAUCCCCGCAGCCACUGAAACCUUCCAUCAAGGUAGAACCCCAGAGCCAUUACAACGCCUUCAAGUACAACGGCAACGCGGUGGUGGAGAGCUACUCGGUGCUGGGCAGCUGCCGGCCCUCCGACCCCUACAGCAUGAACAGUGUUUACUCUUACCAUUCCUACUAUGCACAGCCCAAUCUGCCUUCCGUGAACGGGUUUCACUCCAAGUUCGCGCUUCCCUCCUUCGGGUAUUACGGCUUUUCCAGCAACCACGUGUUCCCCUCGCAGUUUCUCAAUUACGGGGCGCCCGAGAGGAGCGGGAGCAGCUGGGUGAGCAACGGCUACGAGAAGAAGCCCGACGUCUCAGCGCUGCAGGAGAACCUCAACCACUCCUACGGGAACACCAAUUUCCCUGAGCCCAUCCCGCACAGCGUGCGGAGCAAAAACCAUCACCAGCGCACCUACGAGCGAGCCAACCGCUACGCCAGCCAGCAGAAAGCAGCGGCGGCAACGGCCGGGGCGCACAGGACUAGCUCGGGCUCGGAGGAGGCACCGGCGUUUGCACAGAACUGUUUCAGCAGCCGGCCCAUCAAGCAGGAGCCUCCGGACCCCCCGCCCGCCAUCGAGCCCCUCCCCAGCGCCGCGGCCGUGCCCGGCCCUGGCUUGACGCUGCCGGCCGUCCCUGCGCACGGCACGGCACCGGAGCAGCGGUGGAGCCCCUUCAAGGCACCACGGGGCACGGCUUCCCCCGAGAGGACUAGCACGGCCGAGGACUCGUGGAGCGCGCUGGCGGGCGGCUCCAUCCUCAUCGAGUGCGCCCGCCGCGAGCUCCACGCCACCACCCCGCUGAAGAAACCCAACCGCUGCCACCCCACCCGCAUCUCCCUCGUCUUCUACCAACACAAGAACUUGAACCAGCCCAACCACGGCCUGGCGCUGUGGGAGGCCAAGAUGAAGCAGCUGGCGGAGCGGGCUCGGGCCCGGCAGGAGGAGGCGGCGCGUCUGGGGCUGCCGCCGGACGCCAAAGCCUUUGCCAAGAAGCGCAAGUGGGGCGGCGCGUUGGCGACCGAGGCGCCCAGCAAGGAGAGGAGGGACUCGGUCCCCACGCGGCAGGCGGUGGCCAUCCCCACCAACUCCGCCAUCACUGUGUCCUCCUACGCCUACACCAAGGUGACGGGCCCCUACAGCCGCUGGAUCUGAGACGGAGGCGACCGCCAUGGCCCCAUCUUACCUCAACCCUCGGCGGCGCCGGAGCCCGGCGUUGCUUCGUGGUGCUUUCUCCUCAGGCGUGGGGGAGAAGAAAACAAAAGUAAAUAGACAAAACCGAAACGAAACACAACAACCACACACACACACAAAAAAAAAAAUAAACCCAACCCAUAGGAAACGAACCCAACGCGUGCGCUCGGGAGCAGCGCAGCCGGCGCCUCGGAGAGCUGCGCCCGGCGAGGAGUUGGCAAACCAAGCAAAACUUGGUUAAAAAACCCGAGAGGAACGAUGCUGUUUGAUGAUUUUAGGUAAUCUCUUAUUUAUAUCUCCAUGUUUUUUAAUCUAGCCUCGGAUGAAUUUCCUAGCGUCCUUUCGCAAGGAGAGGUUUUUAAUUCCACUUAAAAUGGCCUAUUUGUUGGAUUUGAUUUUAUUUUAUUUUUUACUCCAAUGACAACGACGAAGCUGAUCUUCGAAAGAGAAGCCAACAUUGAAAAACCACCCUAAUCAUGAAUCCAAACCAACCUGAACACCAAACCAGCUUAAAGGCAAGAGGUGACUCCCUCCAGCUCCGCCACGUGGGGGCUGGUGGGACUGUGUGCUUUACCGUCAGCAGGACGCGCUGAACAUCCGAUUAUUUUUAUUCCAAGGACCUAAAACCACGAAUUUUGCAGCUCGAGGAGUCCUGUCUCACAGCGAGGGGAGCCAGCGUUGUCCCGGGACGGCGCAGCUCCGCUCGGCUCCUCUCCUCCGGCGGG